CGACACAACAAAAUGCAGGCCUUAAAGGGUCGCAACAACUGCUGCUAUACUUUAAACACACUCAAACUCAAAAAGCUUUGAGCUUCUUCUUUCCCAAACCCAAAGUCUUUUUCUUGGUUUUGUCACUAACAACGUCCAUGGACUGUUGCCGGAAUGUGUCUGUCUCCGGUGAGUACCAACAUCAGCAAGAGCAAGUCCUUUCUCCUCCUUGUUCCAAGCUUGGUUCUUUAACUACUACUAGUACUACUACUCAUGCCUCUUUUGAUGACUUUUUCCCCGCUCAAACCACGGAGGUGGAUGUGAGCUUGGAAUGGCUGUCAAUAUUUGUGGAGGAUUGUUUUUCUAGCACAGGGAACUGUCUUCCAGCUGCAGCUUUACCCAAAACAAAUGUUGAAAAUGAAAGUACAAAAACUCCGAAACCCCCAAGUCCUUUGUUGCAGAAUGAUAAGCCCCAACAAACACCACCUUCUUUGCAGAAGUUUGUAGUUCCAAGCAAAGCCAGAAGCAAAAGAAAGAGAGCUUCAGUUGCAAAGACUGAAACUUUAAUUUGUCACCCAUUCACCAGCUGGACUACUCACCAGAACCAGCUGCUUAAUUUGCCCACCUCUGACCCUCCUUUGCUACACCACCACCAGGCCUAUUGGCUGGCUGACAGUCAACUCAUUGUGCCCAAAGAGGAACCCACCACCACCACCACCAACAACAACAGCAAUAAAGUGAACCAUUCUGAUGUGCAAGGUCAAGAGGAGGAUGUAGUGGAGAAGAGUGUUGUGGAGGGCAAUAGUGUGGGGCAGCAGCCAAGAAGGUGCACACAUUGCUUGGCACAAAGGACACCACAGUGGAGGGCUGGACCAUUGGGUCCAAAAACGCUGUGUAAUGCAUGUGGGGUGAGGUACAAGUCAGGAAGGUUGCUGCCUGAGUAUAGGCCAGCCAAAAGUCCCACUUUUGUGAGUUAUUUGCACUCUAAUUCUCACAAGAAAGUUAUGGAGAUGAGAAUGGCCUUGCUCCCUUCAGUUCCCAAGUAAUCUUCCCUUGGAAUUUUCUCUUUUUUCAGUUUGUAAAUUAAAGUCUAGAGGUUCAGAUAGAAAAAUAUUGAGAAAUUUUUAACUAUUACUAUCAAUCUAAUUUAGUUGAAAACUUGAAGGCCUUCUUCUUUAAACAUUUCUCACUUGGGCAAAUUUUAUUGGUACUGUACAAGAGCCCUAGUAUCUUUACUUUCCAAAUGUUGUUUAAUAUAUAUAUUUUUUGGAAUUUGAAA